CUAGCGGCGGCGGCGAGAGCAGCUGAGUGCGCGGCUGUAGGAGGGCCCUCUCGUCGCUUGGCAGAUCCCCACCGAGCCUGUCUCUUCUGACAAGUCCUUUUAAUGGCUUUUGGAGCUGCUUGUUUUCCGAGGCUGGCAUUCCCUCUCCCACGCUUUGCUGCAGGCCCCGACUUCAAGUGCAGAAUUGCUGCGGGGCCUGGCCUGGAGCUGCAGAAUAUCGGGCCGACGCUCAGCCCGAGCGGCUGGGGCUGGUCUGCGUCCCACUCCCUCGCUGCUUCGUUUGGGGACGUUUGAGAAGUUUUGAACUUCCGGGGUUGGCUGGCCCGCGUCUGCCCUGUGGAGGGUGACCGAGGGGCGUCGCUGUGCCCUGCCCUUGGGCGCGGCCCUUUAAACUUUCUGUUUUUUUAAACUUUGGGGGUGUGGUCGCGGCGCCUCCUCUCUCAGCGGCUGGUUGUUCCCUGGCCACCCGGUCCUCCCCUCCGCCCCGCCUUCCAGAUGCUUUGGAAUCAUGAGCCGGGAGGGCGCAGGGACCCCUCUGGUGGUGGAGGUGAUCAAAGAUCGCCUUUGUUUUGCCAUUCUCUACAGCAGACCAAAGAGUUCAUCAAAUGUACAUUAUUUCAGCAUAGAUAAUGAACUUGAAUAUGAGAACUUCUACGCAGAUUUUGGACCACUCAAUUUGGCAAUGGUUUACAGAUACUGUUGCAAGAUAAAUAAGAAAUUAAAGUCCAUCACAAUGAUGAGGAAGAAAAUUAUUCAUUUUACUGGCUCUGAUCAGAGAAAACAAGCGAAUGCUGCUUUCCUUAUUGGAUGUUACAUGGUUAUAUAUUUGGGGAGAGCUCCAGAAGAAGCAUAUAGAAUAUUAAUGUGUGGAGAUACAUCCUAUAUCCCUUUCAGAGAUGCUGCCUAUGGAAGUUGCAAUUUCUACAUUACACUUCUCGACUGUUUUCAUGCAGUAAAGAAGGCAAUGCAGUAUGACUUCCUUAAUUUCAACUCAUUUAACCUUGAUGAAUAUGAACACUAUGAAAAAGCAGAAAAUGGAGAUUUAAAUUGGAUAAUACCAGACCGAUUUAUUGCCUUCUGUGGACCUCAUUCAAGAACCAGACUUGAAAGCGGUUACCACCAACAUUCUCCUGAGGCUUAUAUUUCAUAUUUUAAGAAUCACAACGUUACUACCAUUAUUCGUCUGAAUAAAAGGAUGUAUGAUGCCAAACGCUUUACAAAUGCUGGUUUCGAUCACUAUGAUCUUUUCUUUGCGGAUGGUAGCACCCCUACUGAUGCCAUUGUCAAAGAAUUUCUGGAUAUUUGUGAAAAUGCAGAGGGUGCCAUUGCAGUGCAUUGUAAAGCUGGCCUUGGACGAACAGGCACUCUAAUAGCCUGCUACAUCAUGAAGCAUUACAGGAUGACAGCAGCUGAAACUAUUGCUUGGGUCAGAAUCUGCAGACCCGGCUCAGUGAUUGGACCACAGCAACAAUUUUUGGUGAUGAAACAAGCAAACCUCUGGUUGGACGGUGACUAUUUUCGUCAAAAGUUAAGGUGUCAGGAGAAUGGAAAACACAGAGCAGCUGUCUCAAAACUCCUCUUGGCUGUUGAUGACAUUUCAAUCAAUGGGGUCGAGAAUCAAGACAAGCAAGAACCUGAACUGUACAGUGAUGAUGACGAAAUCCAUGGAGUGACACAAGGUGAUAGACUGCGAGCCCUGAAAAGCAGAAGACAGUCAAAAACAAACGCUAUUCCCCUCACAGUAAUUCUUCAGUCCAGUGUUCAGAGCUGUAAAACAUCUGAACCUAACAUUUCUGGCAGUGCAGGCAUUACUAAAAGAACCACCAGAUCUGCUUCAAGAAAAAGCAGUUUUAAAAGCCUGGUUCCUCAGAGGGAAGGAAGGAAAAGGAAUGCUUUGCAACAAAUGCCCUUAAUGGCAUUAUGGUACUCGCAUUGCUCUGCUGCUUCUGCCCACCCUUCCUGUUUUCUUUAUUUUUAUUUUUAUUUUUUAUUUUUUUGCAGAACUGAACCUUUUUCUGCUCUGCCUUUCUCUCCCGUUUGUCUUUACUUUAUGGUUGGUACUGUACUGUCUUUUCCAAAAUACUUGUCAUUAAAAAAAUUAUACAAAGUGUAUACUUUUUAGCAUGUCACUACUUUUAUUAUGUUGCCUUCCUUGUCUUUUGGUAACUACAUACGGGACACUUGGAAACCUUCAUGGUAAAAUCCUUUUUUUUCUCCCCCUGUAGUCCCUCCAUUUCAAGGACUAAAACAGUCUUGCGUUAAGUAAAAACCUGUGACCAGAACUGAAGGAAGACUCUAGGAACAGAGAACUACAGCAGGACUUAGCACAAUUUAUUUGGAAACAAAACAAAAUUGCAAAAAGCCUUAGCUGCUUUCCACCUAAGAAGUUUAUUCAAGGAAGACAAUGUCCACUGGAGUUUAAAUAACUACAUGAGUUUGGGCACAAGCAGUGACUUGAAGAAGGCCCAGCUCACCUUUUAUAGAAAUGUCUGGAGUUUAAUGACAAAAAAAGCUGUUGUAAAUUUAGUCUCAGGUGUAAAUAUCAAAAGCCCUCUGCUGUCAGGAGAGCUGACCAGUUUGUGUGGUGCACGUGUGUCCCUGUGAUGGCAAUCAUUUUAGCUGCUGGCCUUCAGAAGAAGUGAGGAUCUGAUGGAGGUUUUUUAUGUAUUUAUUUUCUGUUCAUCCUGUGUCAAAAUUUGUAAAGAGAAAACAGGCGUUACUGAAAUGAUUCUCUCUGUAAUUUGAUACCGUUUCGUUUAACCAUCUUCAGUUCAACAUUUGUAACGUGGUUGUAAUGGUAACUCUGUUAAGUACCCAAACUGCUUGUCUUCCACCAAAGAGUGCUUUAUUAACAAGAACCUGUGAAAACCCUGUUUGAACACUGUUGGAUGUUGUGAUAAAAAGUGGUACUUUGGCAACCUAAACUGGUAAGAGAAUGUGAGCCAUAGCUCUAGGAAGACUCGGGAGGGGAAACUGGCUUCAGAGUUGGAAGAUUGUUGUAAGUCAUUCCUCUAUGUGUUGUUGAGGAACUGGAGAAUGCCAAGGCUGCCCACUGUUUGGUUGCUCAGUCCUACAAACUAAAAUCAUAUUUCCUUCCACACAUGAUUUGAAAACAAAAACAAAAAAACAGCACUGUUGGUGUUUUCCCUUGGAAACAGCCAUCCCAAAUAAUGGUGGCUUAAAAGAAAAAAAAAAAAAAAAAAGGUACUGCUUUAUUAGGGUCUUUCUUUGUAGCAUUGUGGAUUUCUUUUUUGUGUGUGUGAUCUGCCUAAGGCCAUUCACAUACCCUUUGAUUUCAGUAACAGUUAUUCAUAUCUGGAUUUCCGUUGUUUGUAAAUAAGAGACUCACUGUUGCCUUUGGUUAGGGAAUACAACUAACUCUUUGCAGAGUGCCUUCGCCCCCCCCCUACAAAACACAGCAGAUCUGUGAUACAAAGCAAUCACAAAAAUAAUUUAUUUGCUGGUAAAACAAAAAAAUGGGGCCCAAAAUACAAGAAUAUUUUGCAGUCACUUUGGUUACCUUCAUAAUAAAAAGUGAAUGGCUUUAGUUAUUGUUAACCAAUUUUUGCCUGUCCUGGUUUGGAAAACAGGGGAUACAAUAUGGAAAGGCUAGAGAAGGCAAAUGCUUUCACAUUACAAGAUGAAUGAACCAGGUGAGCAGGCAAUUCCAUUUUAAAAAGCUGCCUUUUUAACAAAACUUAGAGUGGUAAGAAGUGGUUGGAAUAAACAGAUUCAAGUCUGUUAAUGCAAAAAGUUACUGGAAGACCAUGGCUCCAUUUUGAUAUUUACUCUCUUGGAGUAAUUAGAAGGUUGACUGGCUUUGAGGGGAGAUGGCAGGUGCCACUGUCUUGGUCAGACAAGUGGCCUUUCCCCGUCAGGGGAUGGGUCAUGCUGGCUUUUGAACACUGGGGACUAGAUCUCAGGAAAAAAAAAAGGUGGCUUUCUGUCCCUGGAAGUGAAGAGACACAAAGACCCACUUACUGGAUGGGAAGACCCCUCUUUGCUAAGCUCUGGGUGGGAGGAGAAACAUUCUAUUUGCUGUCUCGGAGAUAAUACUAAGUAUUCAGACUGUGCCCUUGCAUAAAACAUUGGAUUCUCAGGGCAAUUCUUCCCUUGACAAUUUUAAAGGCCAUCUCUCCUGCAUAAAUAAUCCAGGUAGUUAUGAAAAUCAAACUUCCAUCUCAACUGUCCCCAGUUUGGCUUUUUACUACAUCAGAAAAAGUUACAUGUGCUGUCUCCCUCAUAGUGAAUAAGCCAUUUGGUGUCUUGGCCAAGAGUGAAAAAUCUGGGCUUCAGCAUUAACCACAGUACUUUUUUAUUUUACAAAUUGCCUUUUUGUGUUGGCUGCUCAAGUUUCCAGCUAGAAUUGCUAUCACUGUGGCUCUUUCUAAAAAAUCUUUUUGUGUUUAACAGGCCCACUAAAAUGAGUCAUGGGAAACUAGUGAUUUGAUAAAGAAGCAUUCCGUAGAACGCACUGGGGAGUUGUAAUAGUGCUUCAGGGCGACUUCACAGCACACCAGUAAACUUACUGGGGGUGUAUGUAGAAUCCAGGAAGUGUCUGGGUCUGACUGAUGGAAAGUUCUUUCUGCUAUGAAUAAGAGUGGAUUCUUUUUUUCCCCUAACGGAAACUUCAGCACCCCAGAAUCUUCCGAGAUUCUAACUCCCUUGUCAUAAGAAAGACCCUGUUGCUAUGGAAUAUGAAGUAGGGCAUGUCAGAUGGAGAGAUUUCUUCAAACUUGAAGCCUUAAAUAGCUUUGAAAGGACACCGAGAUAGUUUCUACUGGGAUUAAAAUUAGAAAUGAAUAUUUUUAGGUGUUCUUGAAGCUUUUGGGGGACUCCUGUCCAAAGUCAGAGACAGUCCAAAGGAAGGGCAUCUGCAAAACCGGGUAUCUAGAAAGUAUAGACAGACUUCUCUUUUGUAAUGCUAAAGAAAAACUAGAAAUCUCUCUUAGCUGUCUAUGAAGAGGGGUAAAUCCUGAGCUGUGCCUCACUAAAACAAGUAGCCUUCCUUGUCCCAGUAGCCGCUUCUGGGUGGCAUGCUGCUCUUCUCAUCUCCAGCGUUCUUCUGUUCUAAACUUGGCCCCAUUAGCCUGUCACCCACCCACUUCCUUCUCUUCCCUCCUCCCCUCUCACGGGGGUGAUUUCUACCUCUUUUCUUGGGCCACACAUUUUUAAAGAGGAAUUCCCAAGUGUUCUCACGAGGCAAAUGUGCUUGCCCUUGGAGCCUGAUGGCCGGUUCGGUACACCCUGCGGACCAUCAGGCGCUUUGGGUGGUGUUGUGCCAAGAGCUUCUGGAGGCUUUCCUUUGCUUCAGUCACCACCAUUCAUGACAAAUGAGCAAUGCGCUCUUUUGAUGUUUGUUCUAAAAUUAGCUUAACUGUUUCUCUUCAUACAUUUUUACAAGUAAUUCUUGCAUUUUGGAAAGCAGUGCUCAUCAAAAACGACUUUAAAAAACUGUUUUAAUUCUUUAAUAGUUCUCUCCUGCGAAAAACUGUCCUGGUCAGGCUAGCUGCUGCUCCUCCAUUUCUCCUCAAUCUGAGUAUUCCUCUUGUUGCUAAGUGGAAAAACUACAGAUAUGUCCAAAAGACUGGACAAUUCACCAAUACUGUGUAGGAAAUUACCUCCUUAAUUGCCCAGUAGAAUUAACUGUCAGCAGCAGGUAAGUUCAUCUGAUUAUAGUACUGCAGUUUUAUAUUAAUAACUUGCAGACUUUUAUCCAACCUGCACUCAUGUACAGAUUAUUAAAAGUUUUAAAAUGUAACUGAUUAAUCAGUAUUUGAUCAAUCAUUGUCCUGAUUUUUUUAUUAAAAUGUAUAUUUCUAAUCAUAUUUUAUAAAGCCAAGAGAGCUGGUUGAAUGAAUGUUUAUUUUCCUGAAGGUAUUUUUAAGAUAAAGCUUCAUAAUGGCCUGUAAACUUUGCAUAUCUAUGUAGUUUGGUACGUAUUGUCAAGUUUGAAAAUCUUGUGUAUUGUAACUGGUUUUAUACAAAACAUUGAAUAGUGAAAAUUGUAUCAUUAUAAUCAUAUAAUUAAAAGUAUUAACCAAACA